ACCAUCACAUCACAGGCGCUUAUUAGCAGUCGGGUUAUUAAUAUAAGGCCGCCCAGCCAGCCUAAUCACUCCGCAUAAUUCGUGCUUGUGAUCGAGCAGCUGUCGCUGUGUGUGUAUAAUGGCACUGGCAGGCAAGGCAUCGGUCGCGCUGUUCCUCGCCGUGAACCUGGCGGUGUUCAUCGCCAUGGCCAGCGCCUGCGGUGGCAACUGCCCCACGCCGACCCCGUCCACCCCGUCGACGCCGACCCCGACGCCGGCCUCGUUCGGCAAGUGCCCCCGCGACGCGCUCAAGCUGGGCGUGUGCGCCAACGUGCUGGGACUGAUCAAGGCCAAGGUGGGCGUGCCGCCCACGGAGCCAUGCUGCCGGCUGCUGGAGGGGCUCGUCGACCUCGAGGCCGCCGUGUGCCUCUGCACCGCCAUCAAGGGCGAGGUCCUCGGAAUCAAGCUCAACCUGCCCGUCGACCUCAGCCUCAUCCUCAACCACUGCGGCAAGACCGUGCCCACCGGAUUCAAAUGCCUCUAAGUCUAAGCACGCAUUCAGCCGCGCGCUCGUCGCUGAAGAGUGUAGCUGGAUCGUUUGGAUUCAGAUUUAUUUGGUUUGUAUCGUUUGUACUGGUCUGUACACGUAGCUCUUGUCUGAUCAGAUUUGGCUUCCCUUGCUUGCAUUGAUUUUCGAUCUGUUUGUUUUAAUCGUUUUGUAUUAUUCGAUCUCUGUAUGAAUAAAUACUUUUAUCUGUUCAGUA